UCACCCGCAGAGGGCGCUGGCCGCCGAGCCGCUUGCCGAGUCGCGAGGCCGGAAGACUUUGCGGCAACGCCCCUCUAGCUCCAGCCGCCGCCAUGAAAGCUGUGGUGCAACGCGUCGCUCGGGCCAGCGUCACAGUUGGAGGAGAGCAGAUAAGUGCCAUUGGACAGGGCAUCUGUGUUUUGUUGGGCAUUUCUCUGGAAGAUACUCAUAAGGAACUGGAGCACAUGGUCCGAAAGAUUUUAAACUUACGUGUGUUUGAGGACGAGAGUGGGAAGCACUGGUCGAAGAGUGUGAUGGACAAACAGUACGAGGUGUUAUGUGUCAGCCAGUUCACCCUCCAGUGUGUCCUCAAGGGCAACAAGCCUGACUUCCACCUGGCAAUGCCCACGGAGCAGGCAGAGAAUUUCUACAACAGCUUCCUGGAGCAGCUGCGCAAGGCAUACAGGCCAGAGCUCAUCAAAGACGGCAAGUUUGGUGCAUACAUGCAAGUCCACAUUCAGAACGAUGGGCCUGUGACCAUAGAACUGGAAUCCCCAGCUCCUAGUGCUGCUACGUCUGACCCAAAGCAGGCCAAGGCUCUCGGAAUCACCCUGACCAGUCUCCAGAAUCUGUGUAUCUUACAGUUAGAAGCAUUGUCUACAUUUAACAGGCUGAAAAGUAAUUUUGGCUGUCAAAGCUUGAAAAACAACAGCAGAGGAAAGAAAAGACCAGAGCCAAAGGGCCUUCUGAAUCAAGCAAAGAAAGAAAUGUUCCUCGCAAAGAAGACCGCAGUGCCAGCAGUGGGGCUGAGGGUGACGUGUCUUCUGAACGGGAACCGUAGACUUCAGGGAUGGAACUCAGUGCAUUAUUACUGGAUGAAACUAGAUUCUGAAAAAUUCAUGAAAGAUGCUAAACACUUAUACUGCUUCAAGAAUCUGGAACUGAAAUGUGAAAAGGAAGACAGAAAUAAGAAAUCAGGAACCUGAAGAGCCCUGCAAAAAAGCACCAAAGGAAUGUUACCAUUUUCUGUUGUUGCUGUGGUCUCAGAGGAAGUGGGCACUGCCAAUGCAGGGGAUGCACUCUGUGCUCAUGGCAGCAGGGCAUACACCUGUGCCUCACCUACAAGAAGGCUUUGUUGGGCCCUAUACUGUCUUUGCUUACUUUGGAACAGGCUGGCCCAAUAUCAUUUGUCAUCAAGUUCUCUUUUCACACUGUGGUUUAUUUCUGUGUAUCCAUUAUGGAUGGGUAUCAAAUGCAUUCAUGAUCUCCAUGUUCAUCCCAACAUUGGCCAAGCCAGUGACCAUGUAAAGAGAAUAGUUAUCAGUGAUAAUGUAUUGUGUGACCUUUACAUCUUACAAAUUUUCUCUUUUUUCUAAAAAGAAAUAAUAAAACUACAAACCUCA